GGAAUAUUGAACGUUCCCUACUCGCCCUUUAUUGAUCACCCGGGUUCACUUCUACUAAUCUCCUAAUGAGCUCUCCGGCGAGAUCGUCGGCUUCGGGAACGAGCGCCGGGCAAGUUGGUGGCGCUUCCAGCAGCAGCAACGCUGGAUUAAUCGAUGAUGCUGUUUACCAUUUCCCUACAGAUCUCAUAUCCGUCCAUGACCGAAAGGAGGCGGUCCAGUCCGUUCUGAAGUCGGAUCUGACGGCGGCGCUCCAGAAGGAGUUGAAAUCCAUGGACGAAGAUAGUUGGAUGUUUUCUGGUCCUCGCUCUCAAAUUAAUCUUGUUCUAAGACCAGGUUCUCAUCCGCACAUGCAAAGUGGGAAACACGUGGAGGUGAAUCAGUUCAAGCAGCAAAUAAGAUAGCCUAAUCAUGAAGUUUUGGAAGUUGAGGUUAGUAAGUUAUACAAUCUUAGUACUCUGACCUAAAACAAAAUUAAUAUGAUAAUGCAUCUAUAAGAUAAGGUUUAUGUCACCUGCAUAAUGGUGAUUAAUAUUUUACAAAGAAGAGGCCCUUUCUGUCUCUGCACCUCUGAAUGUUAUCAUUCUUCUCUCUCUGUUUACAAAAGUAUCACGGAAAUCUUGAAAUUUACAACAUAAUUAUAAACUUUCAUCGCUGAAUGUUUUAUUAAAUUCUUAAUGAUUU